AUGGCAUUCUCUAAGAUGUGGGCGACGCCCAAAAGAAGAAAAGCUGAACCUGAGGAGCAGCACGUAUUCAGGUCUGAGUGGACGCAGCGCUACUUGGUGGUGGAGAGGGAGGACGGCGAAGGGGCUGAGUGUUUGGUUUGCCGCCGCCCCAUCGUCGCUACCCGUGAGCGUGAUGUGAGGCGUCAUUACGAAGCCGAGCACGAGCACUACGAAAUGUAUCCUGCUGGUGGGGAGCGCGCCGCAUUGGUAGACAGACUGCAGCGUGGAGAGACCAUGGCUGCUGCUGCUGCUGCUGCUGCUGCUGGUGCUGUACUAACUCGAGAAGAGAGAGCGGCUCGCGCUAGCCUCGGAGUCGCACACCUGUUGGCUCUGCACGGACGUCCAUGGGGCGAAGGCUGCUUAGUUCGCCGCUGUCUGGAAGCCGUGCUGCGGGAGACACUGCCUGAGCACUGCCGCCUGCUAGACGAGAUCGACCUGUCUCCUGAGAGUAUGGCGCAGAAGACCAUCGGUCUGGCUCGCAACCUGCACGGACAGCUGGUGAUGCGAGCCACCAAUUUCCAGGCCUAUUCCCUCGCCCUCGAUGACCAAGCCUUCGUGGGCACCGAAGGCCGGCUGAUGGUGUUCCUGCGCGGGGUGGACCACGACUACGAGGUGGACGAGGAGCUGCUGACCGUGGUAAACCUGGCUGGCCAGCCGUCCGUGGGGCACGUAAUGCGCCACAUCGGCGAGGCUGUGGCUCGGGUGGGGCUGACAUGGGACAAACUCGUGGGCGUGGCGUCCACGGGCACUGCGUGGAUCGCCUCGGAGGAAUGCGGCUUAGUGCGGCUGCUGCAGGCUCGCGCGGCCGAAGCUCGCGAGGGCGUGGGCGGGGGCUCGCCACUGGCGCAUUGCGCAGGAUUGCUGCACUUAGAGCUGUUGGGCUCGCGCGAGCUCGAUGUGGGCGGGGUCGUGGAUGCCGUGGCCGGCUGGCUGGCUCUCCUCCGCACCCGCGGGGUACGCUCCCUCGGCCUCAAGAUGCUGAUGGAGGAGGCGGAGAUGCACCACGGCGGCGAGGUCUCCCUGCUGUGCCUGGGCAGCUGGCUGCGCAAGGGCAAGGCUCUCAAGCGCGUCUUUUCUCUGCGGCGCGAGCUCGAGGCCUUCCUGGCCGAGACGGGCGUGCCCCCCAAUGCGGCGCUGCGCGACCCCCUGCAGGACCCGGACUGGCUGUGCGACAUGAGCUUCCUGGUGGACAUGCAGGCGCACCUGGCCGAGCUGGCCGACGAGCUGCGGAUGCCCGGCACCUUCGCCUUCAGCGUCAUGGACCACGUCUGCGCCUUCGGGGACAAGCUGCAGCUGCUGCGAGCCCACCUGAGCUCCGGUGACCUCACCCUCUUCCCCGCCAGCCGGGAGCUCAGCCGCGAGCUGGACCACCAGGGCCAGACCGUCCGCGAAGUGCUGGCCUCUCACCGCUACCAGGAGGGGCUGGCCCGCCUGCACGCCAAGCUCCAGAAGCAGUUCGAGGACCUGUGCGCGGUGAAGCGCGACCUGGACAUGUUCGCGGACCCCUUCAGCUUCCCCGUGGAGAGGGCGCCCCUGCACAUCCAGGAGGAGCUGAUCCGCAUGAAGUCCAGCGCCACGCUGCUGUCCGAGUACCAGGGCGAGAACCUGGGCGCCUUCUACGCCGGGCUGCCGCCGGGCUGCUACACCGAGCUGCAGGCGGUCACCUUCCGCGCCGCCUCCCUCUUCGACAGCAGCUGCAUCUCUGACAGGGCGUACGCCUACGUCCUGAGGAAUCAGAGCCGCCUGAACCAGCUCACCUCGGAGGACCACCUCCACGCCCUGCUGCGCAUCGCCACCACCAACCUGGAGCCCCACCUGGAUGACCUGGUGCGCUCCCGGUGCCGCUCCCUCGCCUGA